AGACGUUUCAAUAAAUCUUCCAACAAACAAAUAAUAAAAAAUGGGCAAAAAAAGGAAUAGAGAAGCUAACAAAGACGAUAAUGAGUACGAUCCAGCCCCGAAACAUCUCCAAGUGGCUCACAUAAAGAAUCAGGAGAAACGUCUAAUAGUUAUCCUCGAUGGAGCGCAGCUGGAGUCUGUAAAGGUGGGAAAUAACUUUGAGUUGUUAAAUUGUGACGACCACGUGGGCAUUCUCAAGAAAAAUAACAGGGAUCCGGGCAGCUGCAGACCUGAUAUUGCUCAUCAGUGCCUCUUGAUGUUGCUUGAUAGUCCUCUGAACAGAGCAGGACUUUUGCAGGUUUAUAUUCAUACUGAGAAAAAUGUGCUUAUUGAAGUCAAUCCACAGACGAGGAUACCCAGGACUUUCAAACGUUUUGCUGGGCUAAUCGUGCAACUGCUCCACAAAUUCAGUGUCAGGGCGUCAGAUGGACACAUGAAACUCCUGAAAGUCAUAAAAAACCCAGUGACCGAUCACCUUCCUGUUGGAUGCAGAAAAUUGGCCAUGUCCUUCAGUUCUAAAGUCGUGAAAAAUCCUAGAGAACUCGUUCCUGGAGAGGAACCUAUCGCCAUUGUCGUGGGAGCAAUGGCGCAUGGACAGGUGAAGGCGGACUACACAGAAGACACAUUUUCCAUCAGUAAUUACCCCCUCUCUGGAGCACUGACAUGCAGUAAAUUAUGUUCAGCUUUUGAAGAAGUUUGGAAUGUAAUUUAGAUAACAAAUUAAUUUUAUCAUUAUAAUAUU